CGUGUUCUCGCACGAUCGGAGACAAACAAGAGGUUGACCGGUUAUGAGAGAGAAGUUAUCCUUUGCGUUUCGAUAACCGUUUAUGUCGUUUUAACUUCCUUAUUCUAUUUUUGUAACUAGCUUAUACAGCCCAAAAUGACAGAUUAUAUACGUGGUAAGAAAGCUUAUACUAAAUGGGAUGUAGAAACAGAAAAUGUGGACAUGGAUAUUCCACCUGAUGCUCAACAACCACAUGUGCAAAUUGCAUCUGAAGGAUGGUUUUCGGGAAGAAAAGGAAAAGUUUUGAAGGUGUUGUUCCUUGUUUCUUUAUUUUUUAUUGGCCUCAUAUUUGGCUAUUUCAUUCGUCGUGGUGUUCAUGAAGUUAUAUUAAAGAAAGAGAACACUUGUCCUCAGUCAUCAGCUUUAUACAGUUAUCAAAAACAAUAUGUAAAUUUAUUUCAAGAUAAUGUUGAUCCUGUUAAAAUUGGAAAUAAUUUAAGAUACUUUACUCAAGAAGUUCAUAGGGCAGGAAGUGAUGAAAGCCUUCGGAUUGCUGAAUUUAUAAGAGAUAAAUGGAAGGAAUUUGGUCUGAAUUCUGUACGCAUAGAAAAAUAUAAUGUACUUCUUUCUGUACCGUCUAUGGAAGUUCCAAAUAAAGUAUACUUAAUAGACAAAAAUGGAAAGCUAGUUUUUUCCGCUUCAGAAUCUGGUGAUGGAGCUAUGUUUCCAGAAAUGAGACCUUAUUAUGCUUAUUCUCCAAAGACAGAAGCACAGGGAAAAUUAGUUUAUGCACAUUAUGGGAGAUUAGAAGAUUUUGAAUAUUUAAAGAAAGUAAAUGUUUCAGUAGAAAAUGCUGUAGUAAUCAUGAGAAAUGGUAAAACUCAUAGAGGUUCAAAGAUAAAACUUGCUGAAAAGUUUGGAGCUGUAGCUGCAUUAUUAUAUCCUGAUCCAAUAGAUCAUGGAGGAGGAAGUUUGAAAACUUAUCCAGAAAACAUAGGGCUUCCUGGAGAUGGUGUUGUCAGGGGUAAUCUGAAAACUUAUCCAGGAGAUCCAAAUACUCCAUUUUUACCAUCUGUUGAUGGAGUUUAUAGAAUACCAUUGAAUGAAAUUGACUUACCAAGAAUACCUUCUCAGCCAAUUAGUUAUAAUGAUGCUCAGGUUCUUAUGAAAAAUUUAGGAGGACCAGAGGCACCUUCAGAUUGGAAAGGAAUGCUUAACAUAAGCUAUAAUCUAGGUUCUGAAUUUCUUUCAAAUAAAACUAAUGCAAGUUUUAUAAAAGUGGAAGUGUUUAAUGAACUUCAACAAAAAGAAGUGUAUAAUGUGAUAGCUACCAUACCAGGACAAUUUGAACCAGGUAGAUAUGUAAUUAUUGGUGGUCAUCAUGAUUCUUGGACCAAUGGAUCUGCAGAUCCUGGUACUGGUGUAGCUGUUUUAUUAGAAUUAUCAAGAGUUUUUGGAAUUUUGAUGAAAGAAGGCUGGAAACCAGGUCGCUCAUUAAUUCUUGCCAGUUGGGAUGCUGAAGAAUUUGGCAUUACAGGAUCUAUGGAAUGGAUUCAGGAUCAUGCUAAGGAACUGUUUCAAAGAACCAUAGCAUAUAUAAAUGUUGAUAUUGUGGUUACAGGUAAUUAUUCAUUACAAGUGUUAGCUAGCCCAUUGUUACGACAAGCUCUUAAGGAAGCAUCUACAGAUGUAUCUUGCCAUGAUCCAAAUCAUCCUGGUAUGUCAUUAUAUGAUAUGUGGAAGCUAAGACGACCACAGGACAAAAAUAGUGCUAACAGUAUACCAUUAAUUGAUAUUCCUGGAUCAGGAAGUGAUUUUGUUGGAUUCAUAUCAGGAUUAGGAAUUCCUUCUGCCCAUUUGCAGUUUGUUGGAAAAGAUAUGAUAUCUGAUUAUCCUCUUUAUCAUACGUCUUAUGAUACUUUUGAUGCAGUUGCAAAUUAUACCGAUGUCAACUUCAAGAUGAUGACCACGAUGACUCACAUGUUAGGUGCAUUUUUAAUGAAAUUAACAGAUUCUCUACAUCUUCCAAUGGUAGUUAGUCAUUACAGUGAUCAGUUGAAGCGAGAUUUUGCUGAGUUCUCCAAAAAUCAUGAAAAGCUCUUACAAGAUCAUGGUAUAAGUUUAGACAAUGUCACAUUAGUCUUAAAGUCUUUUGAAGAAGCUUGCAAAGAAUUCCAUAAUAAUUUUAAAACAAUUGGAGACAGAGAUUUAUAUUUAGAAGCACAUGAGUAUAAUGAUCGCCUUAUAGCAAUUGAACAUUCAUUUCUGUUACCAGAUGGAGUUUCCUCAUCUUCAUAUCUGCGCCAUGUAAUCUAUGGACCAGAUUUCAAAAACAAUUAUAAUGGUAUAAUAUUUCCAUUUUUAUCAAAAGCUAUGUUUGAUGCUCAAGAAAAUAAUACAUCUGAAAAUUGGAAUUUAGUCAACCUGCAGUUAUCUUAUGUAAAUUAUGCACUACGGUCAGCAAUUGGAGUUUUAGAAAGUCAUGUUUUGAUGGGUAAUAGUAAGCUGUAAUACAGCUAAACUCUCUUUUCAAAUAUAUUUAAAAUUAUUUUCUCAUUGUAACCUUUUAGAUAAUGGAUUGUGUCUGAAAUUCAAAUCCAAAAAGUUUUGGAUAAAAAAAAUAGAGUAUACUAAUUUUAGGUUGUGAAAUAUGUGUACAUAUGUAUUUUAUUUUACUGUAACUUCUUUAUUUAAAUUUUAUUUAUAAAGACCAAUCCAUGUAAAAUG